GUUUUCAACAUGGCUGCCACAGAAGAAAUAGCUUAUUAUAAAAUAUACAAGAAUCGACCAAUUUAUUUUCAUUUAUAUGUCACCCCGUUCAUAGCAAUCUAUUCAGCAUGGCUUUAUGUGUGGUUUGUAGUCUAUGGCGUGUCUGAUCAUUUCGAAAUUGGCGCCAUCGCUGGAGUUAUCAUAUUUUUAUCGCAAGUGCUUCUUGCGUUGUUUGGCAUGUGGUCAGUUCAUGUUCGUUGUUUCUUAACCUGUUCCAAGGCCAGAAGCCCUUACCAUGCUGACGUAGUCAAAGUUAUACCAACUCCUAAUAAUGGAUCUCCAGAGCUUGUGAAGCUGCAUCAUUCAAAGACUUUAGAAACCGGUGAAGAGGUGUUAUGGUUCAAGUUUCAAAAGCUCAAAUACAUUUACGAUUCGCAAGAAAAGAAAGUUUUCUUGCCUGUUGAUUUUCCCAUCAACAAUACGAUGGAAUACUAUAAGAACGCAAAGGGAUAUCAGGAUGAAGCAGAGAUCACAAAGUUUUCCACCAAAUAUGGAAAGAACAAGUUGGAGAUGAACAUCCCUGAAUUUAUGGAGUUAUUCAAGGAACGAGCAACUGCACCAUUCUUUGUCUUUCAAGUCUUUUGUGUUGGUCUUUGGUGCUUGGAUGAAUAUUGGUAUUACAGCCUUUUCACCCUGUUCAUGUUGGUGGCAUUUGAAGCAACACUUGUACAACAGCAAAUGAGGAAUAUGAAAGAGAUACGAAACAUGGGUAGUAAACCUUACGACAUUCAGGUAUAUCGAAACAGGAAAUGGCGACCCAUUUUAAGCGAAGAACUUUUACCAGGAGACAUUUGUUCCAUUGGUAGAUGUCAAAAUCAAGAUAUAUUGGUUCCCUGUGAUCUUUUGUUAUUACGCGGGUCGUGUAUUGUAGACGAGGCAAUGCUGACCGGUGAAUCUGUUCCACAGAUGAAGGAAUCCAUAGAGGAUCUUGCCGACAGUGAAUUUUUGGACCUUGAUCAACAUGGCAAGCUUCAUCUUCUCUCUGGUGGAACAAAAGUCGUUCAGCAUUCUGCUCCUCCCAAGACAACAUCUGGUCUUAAAGCUCCUGACAAUGGAUGUGUUGCUUACGUUUUAAGAACCGGCUUCAAUACAUCACAAGGUCGAUUAUUACGAACCAUUCUGUUUGGUGUGAAGCGUAUUACAGCGAACAAUUUGGAAACGUUUUUGUUCAUUUUGUUUUUAUUGGUAUUCGCCAUUGCGGCAUCGUCGUACGUUUGGAUUCAUGGCACGGCUGACCCCCGUCGCAAUCGCUAUAAAUUGUUUUUGGAAUGUACUCUAAUACUAACUUCCGUCGUUCCGCCUGAGUUGCCCAUCGAACUCUCUCUGGCCGUCAAUUCGUCUCUUCUAGCUCUCACGAAGUUAGGUGUAUUUUGUACCGAACCGUUUCGCAUACCGUUUGCUGGUAAAAUUGACGUAUGUUGCUUCGACAAAACUGGAACGCUGACCAGUGACAACCUUGUCGUGGAGGAAUUGCCGGAAUAAGACUCUCCAAGCGAAUGUUGCGAAGUAUCCAAAGCGCCUAACGCGACCCUCCAAGUGUUGGCAUCUUGCCAUUCUUUAGUGUAUGUUGAUACAAAUCUCGUUGGUGACCCGUUAGAAAUUGCAUGUCUCUCUGCCGUUGACUGGACUCUCACUAAAGGGGACAUUGUGAUGCCAAAGAAAGGAAGGAAGCAAUCAUUACGUAUAGUCCAUCGAUAUCACUUCGCCAGUUCUCUGAAGAGAAUGUCCGCUGUCGUUUCCGUGCAAACGCCAGGCUCAUCCGCCUCCAACUACAUCGCCACCGUGAAAGGCGCUCCGGAGACUCUACGCUCAAUGUACACAAGUAUUCCUGAGCAUUACGAUGUUGUUUAUCAAAAGAUGACCUGUCAAGGAGCCAGAGUUCUUGCACUCGGCUACAAAAGUCUUGGUGAGCUUCAGGCUAAAGAUGUAAGGGAACUUAAGCGGGAUACAGUUGAAUGUGACCUUACCUUCGCCGGUUUUGUCAUCAUUUCGUGUCCUUUGAAGUCCACAUCAAAGAAUGCAAUCAAAGAAAUUCAGCAUGCGUCGCAUCAUACUGUAAUGAUUACAGGAGACAACCCGCUGACCGCUUGCCACGUUGCUCAAGAGUUAAAGAUAACCAAUAAACCAACGCUUAUAUUGACUCAAAGUUCUAAUGACGCCGAUGAUCUUCAAACCUGGUUUUGGCAAUCUUCAGAUAAAACUGUAUCAGUUCCGGUAAUUCCCGAAGGAGGAAUAAAGAAACUAAAGAAAAAUUAUGAUUUGUGUAUCACAGGCGAGGCGUUUCACUUGCUUCAAAACAGUACGCAUUCAAGGGAUGUCUUGUCAUUAUUGUGGUCCGUGGUCAAAGUAUAUGCCAGAGUCGCACCAAAACAAAAGGAACUGGUCGUUACUAAGUUGAAAAGUCUCGGCUACGUCAUUUUAAUGUGUGGCGAUGGAACGAAUGACGUCGGUGCCCUCAAGCAUGCCGAUGUCGGUGUAGCGUUGUUGAGUGGCUCUCCGAAGAAGAUGCGAAAACUAGAAACAAAAGCGAGCAAAGAACGAACGUUGGAAAAUCUAUAUUUGGAAGACGAUGAAGUCGACAAUGACGUCACCGUUCCAUCUAAAAAGAAACCGAGUGCUAACACUUCGAAAGCUGCUAAAAUGCGGGCUGUAGCACGUGGCGAGAAUACUGCCGCAAAUAGCAAAAUGGAACAAGAGAAAAAACUUCAAGAAAUGUUGAAAGCCUUGGAUGAAAUGGAGGAAAACAAAGUGGUUCGCUUGGGAGACGCAUCGAUUGCAUCGCCUUUCACCUCAAAACAUUCUUCCAUAAACAGCGUGUGUCACAUUAUCAAACAAGGAAGGUGCACGCUCGUCACAACGCUUCAAAUGUUCAAGAUUCUUGCGCUCAAUGCAUUGAUAUUGGCGUACAGUCAGAGCGCCCUCUACUUGGAUGGAAUUAAAUUCAGUGAUGGACAAGCUACAUUACAAGGGAUCCUCUUGGCCGGAUGCUUUCAUUUCAAGAAGAUCCAAGGUACAUCGUGUCUUAGUAAACCAUUGAAGACUUUAUCCAAAGAAAGACCUUUGCCGAACAUAUUCAAUUUCUACACAAUUCUCACCGUUUGUUGUCAAUUCGCCGUCCAUUUUUAUUCAUUGUACUUUCUUACAACUCAAGCCAAGCGCUGGACGCCUGGAAGAACCGACAAUUAUGUUGACCUCGACUCAAAGUUUGAAGCUAAUAUUAUCAACAGCACUGUUUACCUCAUCUCAAUGGCGAUGCAACUGUCAACGUUUGCCGUCAACUACAAGGGUCACCCGUUCAUGGAAAGCUUGCUGGAAAACAAAGCACUACUGUAUAGUUUAAUGGCAUCUUCCGGUGCUAUACUAACUUUGACAACUGGUGUAUCCGAGGAUUUUUCGAAUCAAUUUGAAAUCGUCGCAAUGCCCGACAAGCAUCGAACCGAUAUCCUACAAGUAAUGUGUUUGAACGUCGUCAGCUGUUGGUUCAUCGAUCGACUGCUGCAGUUUAUUCUUGGAAAUGUGAGAAUGAAAUCCACCUGAAACACGUGCUCAUCCACACGAGUCAACCAAAGGGGCGUCGAUUCGAGAGGGAAAUAAAAGAAAUGGUUUAAACAAGGUUUUCGAUACAAGGAAGUAUAUCAUGUCCAACGUGGAAGGAACAGAGCAUCGACAUGAACCUUGCUUGUAGUUUCCGGUGGGAGAAAAUAUCCAACGUCGAUAUUUUUAGUUGCUUUAAAUUGAUACUGCGGGCUCACGCUGUGAUAUUCUUUGCACUUCAUUUUUUAGUUGCUUUAAAUUGAUAUUGUUUUCUGCGGGCUCACGCUAUGAUAUUCUUUGCACUUCAUUCAAAAUGCAAUCCACGAUUGACUACAAUAAAUGAAUCGUUUUUGAUUUUAACUCGA